AACAUUUAUUAACAACGCGCAUCAAGAUAAGUGGUGAAUAACUGCAGUAUAAACGGAAAAACCAAUGCGUAAACGAACGACUACGGAACUGCAAUCCAACACGGACAAAAAUGCCUUUGAGCGUCCUACUCCACCAAUGUCCUUGUACUUGACAGACAAUUUCAGCCCUGAAAUAUUGAACGACUAGCUAUUGACCUUGGUACGGAAACAUUACGUCCUCUCACGUGGUGCGAGUGUGGUUUGCCUGUUAAAUUUUUAGUUUUGUGAUUGGAGUUAGAAGACAACAGGAACAUGUUAAUCCUUUUUUAUUAAGCAUCUAGGUUUGUACAUCCGCUUAUAGAGCUAAUCAAACAAGGGGACUGAAGACGUCUCAUGGGAGUGGGAACCAUUGUUGUCACCACCCAUAGGCAGUAUUAAAAUAUUACUGUUUUCGUUACUUUCUACUAUUAUUAAUAAGCAAAGGAAAUGAUGCUUCUAAGUACUUUGUUACCUGGUGGAAAAGUAGGUGCACGUUCGAAAUUUGCAUUUUGCAAUGGGAGAUCUCAAUCUACUGAAACCAUAUGCUCUCUUUGAGCAGUUGUUUGAACAAAAAAUCCGGAUAGAAGAUAGAAACUGUCUUGAUUUCGCUGAUAUAGAUGUGACUGCUAAUGUUCUAUCGUGUUGUCAGGGUUCAGCAGUGGUGAAGUUGGGUAAAACCCAUGUGAUCGCGGGUUUAAAGGUGAAAGUUGUUCCUGAAAGUGGAAACUCCGGAAGCAUCACUUGCAAUGUUGAGUACGCUGGUCUCUGUUAUAGAGGUUCACGUCUAAACUCUUCUCAGCCUAAGUACGCACAGUGCCUUUCUUCAUCUGUUCAGAAACUAGUGAGCGAUUUCGCACUGCCAUCUGUUGAAAAGCAGUUAAAUAUAUUCCCAAUGGGUAGUGACGAGAAAAGCUCAGUACCUACGGCUUCUUAUGCGUUGAAGCUUGAUAUUUUAAUCCUGCAUGAUGACGGAUGCUUACUUGAUGCUUGCGUACCUGCUGCACUUGUUACCCUUUUGACGGCAAAAUGGACGAAAUUGUAUGCAGUAACCAACGAACGAGCUGCAGGAUCUUAUUUAGACUGCUAUAAACCAGGACCACUAAAUGAGAAGAAAUCAUUGGAAGUAAAGGAAUGGCCUGUUUCGUUGUCUUUCUGUUUCAUUCCGCGUCCGGUUGUUGAAAAUAAACAUGGUGGUGUUCCGAUUAUUGCUCAACCGACAAGGAGAGAAUUGGAUAUCUGGGAUACAGAUGCUGGUUCAAUCUGCUUGACACUUUCACGGAGUGGCGAUAUUAUAGAUCUCUCCAUGGUCAAUGCAUUUUUGACAGGUCUCUGGGAUACUUUGUCUAUUCCCAACAGUAAUGAGAACGACACUGUUAGCGUAUGGAAUAUUUUAUUUGAUUCUGCAGUGUCUCAUGCUCAGAAAAUUCGGGAAAUCAUUGAAAAAGCAGUGAAAUAGUUCCUGUUUUUGAAUAUAAAUGUAAGGAAUAAAUUCCAAUCUACCUUUUCCUCUUUUUUACUUUCGUUAUCUGACAUGACGUUACAACUCAUUCUGUUCAAACGCUAUUACGAACCUAAUUAUUAGACCACUCAUUCAUGUAGUAUAUUUCCGGAUGUUUAAUGGAUUAUAAAACACUAUUCAUAUCUAAAUUUUUUUUCAUUCAUCAAACGCUCUAAGAAGUAGUUUUCUUGCAUAUUUAUUUGCUGCAUAUGAAUAGGAUAAUACCAUGAGGUCUUUUUACCUGUGAUGAACAUUCAACAAGGUUGUACCUGUGACUGGAUAUUAUGCAUAUAGCUCCUGUCGUAUUCAUUUCUAGAACGGCACAGUUUCUUAUUCCAGUUUCCAUGCAGAAUAUGCUGAGUUUUUGAAUUCUCGCUAACAGAUACUUGCUAUGCUAGCAUAAGUUAUAGCAAUGAAACAGAUUUGGCUUUCAUAUCAUCCAGAUACUCCUCAUCACUUUCGCUAUUGUUUAUGAUUUUUCAUUAUGCUUUACGUCUUACUGAAUGAAUAGUAACAUCUGUUAGAGAUAACUCGAUUUUGAUUUAUGAAAAUAAAAGCUAACGAACAAAGUCUCACUAAUUUAAAGAUAAAACUUGGUCACUACGGGUAGAGAAUAAUUCCAUUAUGGAUAAUGGAAGUCUUCACUGAGUCUAGAAACUGGUUAAUUAAGUGUGUACUGCUUAUACCAUUACAAAUCUUCAGUUAAACUGAUGCUCUUGCCUGCAACUUUGGAUAAAUUAUUUCAAUGUAAACUGAAACCGUCAGUGUAGAUUUAAUCGAAGCAUAUACAUGUCAUAAAAAGCUAUUUGCCUAUCAAAUCAGAAGAGGUGUAUCACUAAAAAUACCAAGUAUUUUUCAAUCACUUCAUCCUACCCUUUUGGGAUUUUCAAAGUAAAACUAAUUACCAUGACCUAUAGAGCUAACUUUUAGUUGUUUAUUAUGCCACAGUUUAUAUAUUUUUUACCCGAAACAAACUUGGUACAAUAUAAGCACCACAGAAUUCGCCACACAAAAUCACUAUAAAACAAAAGUUAGAUGAGAAAUGGCUGAGUGGAAGCAGAUUAGCUUACUCACCAGCAGCAUUCAGUGGAGCCUUUUUUACUUCCUACUGCUUUCAGCAAUGAAGGAGGAGUAGAAACUGUUUCACACUCGCCGUUGAUUUCGGUUCUUUACACUGAUUCGUGGUGUAUUCAGUAACUGAGUCACAUGUUAUCUGGGACUCAAACUAGGGAGUGGUUAUGCACCAACAGAUUCUCGCUUCAUUCUGCUAGUCUUCAUCCCACCUCACCAUAACAAAAGAUGACGAACUCUGAAUUUCUGCACCCACUUGCAGGACUAGUAAAAAGUAAACUGUAUGGGAGCUUCUGGGAUGAGGCUGGUAGUUUAAGUUCAAGAAACCUAAGUCGGUAGUAACAUCUUCACAAAAAGAGAUGAAAAGUGUACAAGAAUAAGGGAUACUUGUCAGCUAUGAUAAGUGCAAUAACCUUUGAAAGAGAUAGAACUUCAAUAUCUAGUCAAGACAGAUAGCUGGGACGUUAGACAGAACACUUUGAGGAGUAGUUCAACUGACUUACAACUUCACUACAUUCACCCACUAUACAACCCAAGCCUGAACGUGCCAUAGACAUAAGUCCCAUAACUCUACACGAUGUUGUAAAAGUUGUCGCCACUCUAAAACAAUAAAAAGCAGUGGGACCGAAUGGUUUCACUCCGACCUUUAAGGAUGGUGAUGGUGAUAAUGAGUCGUUGCUCAGACUAACUCAUCCGUCAGACAGGUAUAAGCCAUUGACCAUCUCAGUGUAUAAGGAAGAUGACAAACUUUCCUGUGGUAGAAUUGGACUGCAUUGAUUAACAGGUGUUGUGGCGGUAUCUGGUUAUGAACUGAGUGCCAGGAAAGUAUAUUAUGUUGCUUGAGAAACUAAAAUCAAUCCGAUACAACUCAGCUGAUGUGGCUGAGGAGGCUAAAGUGUAUGUUCAGAAUGGCAAACCGCUACCUGCCCUAAAGAUCAGUGUUAACUGAACUGAGAUGUAGUGCUUAAAAUAAACUAAAUUCAUUUCAAAACAAGCUAUUCAUAUAGAUGCGAAUAAGUUGUAGGCAGCGUUACUAAGAUGUAGCAAUCCUUAGUUUUACCCAGCAUUCAUAAUAGAUAUCACAAACUUGUGACUUUGAAGAACAUUAAUUGUUUCAUAUACAGCAUGUCUUUCUACUAACUUUAUCGUAGUAUAACCAUAAGUUUUAUUUCUAUUUCCGUUAUAGCGUUGCUGUUUGGGUUUUCGUCAU